UGUUGAGGCGCAUUAUUUGGCAACAGACGCGGCAGUGGGGAGGGCCGAAAAAAAGAGGAUAUCCCCUGGAUUUCUAAAAAGCAACGAUUUAUCGAGGUUAACUGCAGAUUAAACAUUCCUUGGUCGACCGUCGGCGAAGAACGGGCAACAAAGCGAGCGAGGGAUGUCUGAGGAGGCUGUCCGCCAGACACGCAGCCAGAAGAGGGCGUUGGAAAGGGAUGCUGCUCCCCAGUCUAGAGAACCCACUGAUGCUGACAAUGAAAGCAAAAAGCCUAAAUUGGACCCAUCUGAAUCCACAACAGAGACACAAACUAAACCCACACCUGACCCUGUCUUGGAACAGGACAGUCAGAGCCGGACAGGGGACGGAUCAGCGCACGGGAAAGAGCAGAGUCGCUUGGCAUUAUCUUUAGUGUUACCUUUGGCCUCCCAGCCAGUGCAGGAUGAACAGGAGCGGAACCACAGACAACAGACGGUUGAACCCAGCUCAGACAAUCGAACUGACUGCAAUGACAGAGCCAGGAGGGUGAAGACAGAGCCAGCCAUAGAUACAAGGAGCCGGGUACGACUGACGGAGCCUAAGCCGUCCAGUGGUCUGCUGGCUGCAGGCGAGGUGAAGGCCACCAUUAAAGUUGAAGUUCAAACGGGAGAACAGCCCGUGGACAUGAGUACCUCCAGAGGUAUUAUAAAAAGGGAGAAGCGCCCUCCGUCCCCUGAAGAUGACGACGUCAUCAUAUUGUCAGAUAACGACUCCCCCAGUCCACCGAUGAAUGGCUUCAGCCACUUUAAGGAGCUGGACACAGACCUGCUCAUGAAGAGCAGCCCAGCUGAGAGGGAGCGCAUCAUUAAGCAGCUGAAGGAGGAGCUGAGACUGGAAGAGGCCAAGCUGGUGCUGUUGAAGAAACUUCGGCAAAGCCAGAUACAGAGGGACACUCUCCAGAAGCCCUCAGGUCUGUCCAGCUCCUCUGCUCCUCCUCCUCUAAUUCGAGGAACAAUUGCAAGCAAUAAAGGCUCUCAGCAGAUUGUGACAGGCAGGAGUUCAGGCACAGUCAUCCCUCCGCCACUGGUGAGAGGAGGGCAGCAGGUGUCGUCCAAACAUGGCUCCCAAAUCAUAAUGCCGCCUCUAGUCAGAGGGGCACAGCAGAUCCAGGCUCUCCGCCAGCAGCAGCAGCAGCAGCA